GGGGCGGCGGCGGGCGCGGAGCCGGAGCCCGGAGCCGUGGCCCGGGGCCGGGGCCAUGCGGCGGGCGGCGGCGCUGGUGCUGCUGGCGGCGGCUCUGAGCGGCCCCGGGGCCGGGGCUCGGAGCUGCCCCGCGCUCAGCCUGGGCUGCAAGUGCUCGGCCGAGCGGGCCAAGGCGGGCGGCGGCCCCGGCGCGCCCCGGCGGAGGGUGGUCUGCAGCGGCGGGGGGCUCCCCGCGCCGCCCGAGCCGCGCCUGCUGCCCGAGGGCACCGUCACGCUGCUGCUGAGCAACAACAAGAUCACGGUGCUGGAGAACGGCUCCUUCUUCGGGCUGCGGGCUCUGGAGAAGCUGGACCUGAAGAACAAUCUGAUCAGCACGGUCCAGCCAGGCGCCUUCCUCGGCCUGCCCGAGCUGAAGCGGCUGGACCUCUCCAACAACCGCAUCGGCUGCCUGAGCGCCAGCGUCUUCCAGGGCCUGCCCAGCCUCCUCCGACUGAACAUGUCCGGAAACAUCUUCUCCAGCCUCCCGCCCGGUGUUUUUGACGAGCUCCCCUCCCUGAAAGUCGUCGACUUCGCCACCGAGUACCUGACGUGCGACUGCAACCUGCGCUGGGUGCUGCGCUGGGCCCGCGAGCGGGCGGCGCAGCUCUCGGAGCGGACGGCGUGCUCCUUCCCCCGGCAGCUCCGCGGCGUGGCCCUGCGAGGGGCGCGGGACGGGCAGCUCCGCUGCGCGGGAGCCCCGGAGCUGCACACCCACCACCUCAUCCCGUCGCUGCGCCAGGUGGUUUUCCAGGGAGACCGGCUGCCCUUCCAGUGCACGGCCACGUACCUGGACAACAGCACCCAGAUCCGCUGGUUCCACAACCGCGAGCCCGUGCGGGAGGAUGAGCAGACGGGCGUGAUCGUGGAGGAGAGUCUCAUCCAUGACUGCACCUUCAUCACCAGCGAGCUCAUCCUCUCCAACAUCCACGUCUCCGCCAACGGCGAGUGGGAAUGCGCUGUCUCCACCUCGCAGGGCAACGUCAGCAAGAAGGUGGAGAUCGUGGUGCUGGAGACCUCAGCAUCCUACUGCCCUGCCGAGCGGGUCACCAACAACCGCGGGGACUUCAGGUGGCCCCGCACCCUGGCGGGGAUCACGGCCUUCCAGCCCUGCCUGCAGCACCCGUUCGCCGCGGGCCCGGCGGGCGUGGGCUCGGCGGGCGAGAAGCAGGCGUGGCGGCGCUGUGACCGCAGCGGGCGCUGGGAGGACGGCGACUACUCCCACUGCCUCUACACCAACGACAUCACCCGCGUGCUCUACACCUUCGUGCUGAUGCCCAUCAAUGCCUCCAACGCCCUGACCCUGGCUCACCAGCUGCGCGUCUACACGGCCGAGGCAGCCAACUUCUCAGACAUGGUUGAUGUCCUCUACGUGGCCCAGAUGAUAGAGAAGUUUAUCGGCUACGUGGACCAGAUCAAGCAGCUGACAGACGUGAUCGUGGAGAUGGCCAGCAACAUCAUGCUGGUGGACGACCACAUCCUGUGGAUGUCCCAGAAGGAGGAGAAGGCCUGCAGCAGCAUCGUGCGCUCCCUGGAGAGGAUCGCGGCCCACACGCUGGGCAGCAACUCCCAGCACAUGGCAGUGAACUCUCGCAACAUCGCCUUCGAGGCGUACGUGGUGAAGCCCGAGAGCUACGUGGGGCUGAGCUGCGUGGCCUUCCAGCGGUGGGAUGGCACUGGGACCCCCCCAGGACGGCCCCCCCAGGCCGAGCGGGGGGCCGAGCCCUCCCCAGACCAGCAGCUCAGGCUGCGCUGCACCACGGGGCGCCCCAACAUCUCCCUGACCAGCUUCCACAUCAAGAACAGCAUCGCCCUGGCCUCCAUCCAGCUGCCGCCCAGCCUGUUCGCCAGCCCCGCCCCGGCCCCGCCGGGGGCCGACUGCAAGCUCCAGCUGCUGGUCUUCCGCAACGGGAAACUCUUCUGCAGCACCGGGAACUCCUCCCGCCUGGCCGACGAUGGCAAGCGCCGCAGCGUGGCCACGCCAGUCAUCUACGCUGGGACCUAUGGCUGUGGAGUGAGGAACCUGUCGGAGCCGGUGGCCGUGUCCCUGCGACACCCCGGGGAGGGCACGGACCCCGUGGCUGCCUACUGGAACUUCGAGGUGCUGGGGGGCAUGGGGGGCUGGAGCGCCGAGGGGUGCCAGCUGGCCUCCCGCGAGCCCAACGUCACCUCCCUGCACUGCCGGCACCUCAGCAACGUGGCCGUGCUCAUGGAGCUCAGCGGGUUCCCCAGCGAGGCGCAAGGCGCUGUGGAGGUGCUGCACCCGGCCAUGUACACCUGCACGGCCGUGCUGCUGCUCUGCCUCUUCACCACCAUCAUCACCUACAUCGUUCACCACGGCACCAUCCUCAUCCCGCGGAAGGGCUGGCACAUGCUGCUUAACCUGUGCUUCCACAUCGCCAUGACGGCCGCCGUCUUCGCGGGAGGCAUCACCCUCACGGGCUACCGGGCCGUAUGCCAGGCCGUCGGCAUCAUCUUGCACUACUCGUCCCUCUCCACGCUGCUCUGGAUGGCGGUGAAAGCCCGAGUGCUCUACAAGGAGCUGAGCUGGAAGGCGCCACAGCAGCCGGACAGGGACACGUCCCAGGCAGCCCCCAGACCCAUGCUGCGGUUCUACCUGAUCGCCGGCGGGAUCCCCCUCAUCAUCUGUGGGGUCACAGCAGCUGUCAACAUCCAAAAUUACCACGACAACAACCCCUACUGCUGGCUGGUGUGGCGGCCCAGCCUGGGCGCCUUCUACGUCCCCGUGGCUUUCAUCCUGCUCGUCACCUGGAUUUACUUCCUCUGCGCCGGGCUCAGCCUCCAGUGCCGACCCUCGCAGCAGAAAGAGCUCCCGGAGCCGCUGGAGCCCCCGCCGCGGCUGGGGGCCACCGGCGACCUCCUGACGGACUCCGGCUCCAUCUCGGUGACGCUGAACUCGGGGCCGCCCUGCCCCGAGGGGGACGGUGUGUACUCGCUGCGGGUGCAGUUCUGGGCGCUGCUGGCCACCCACGCCCUCUACGUGGCCCUGUGGACGUUCGGCGCCAUGGCCGUGUCCCAGCGCUGGUACCUGAGCAUCGUCUUCAGCUGCCUCUACGGCGUCACCGCCGUGGCGCUGGGGCUCUUCAUCUUCACCCAUCACUGCCUGCGGCGCCGGGACGUGCUCAGCUCCUGGUUCUCGUGCUGCCCGUCGUACCGGAACGCGCUGCCCAUGCAGGCGUACGUGCACGCCGGGCUGGGGCCGGAGGACGGCUCGCAGGUCUUCAUCGGCUGCGAGCCGGAGGCCGCUCGCUCCGGCGCCUCCUCCUCCUCCUCGCCCAGCAGCGCCGGCUCUGCCGGGGGCCGCUGCAAGCUCACCAACCUGCAGGUAGCCCAGAGCCAGGCGGAGCCGCGGCCGGCGCCCUGCCCGGAGCCGGACGCUGCCGACGGGAAGCCCGCCCGGCACAACAGCAACCUGCACGGCCGCCGGAGCCACCGGGGCAGAACUAAACCGUGCCGGGACGGGAAGCACCACCGCUUGAAAAUGCUGCGGGGAUCCUCGGAGCACCCGUCCAGCGAGAGCGGCAGCCUCCACAACAGCCACUCCGAGAGCUACCCCAGCGGCAGGACCAGCCCGGCCCGGGUGCCGCACGACGGGGACGCGGCCCCCAGCCCCUCGGAGGGCAGCGACGGCGGGCGGAGGGUGCCCGACGUGGCCGAGGCUCGCCGGAGGAGCGGCAGCCGGGACAACCUGCGGCCCGGGACGAGCUGCGAGAGGGAGGCGAAGCGGCGCUCGUACCCGCUGAACGUGGGCAGCCACAACGGCGGCCUCAAGGGCAGCAAGUACGACAUCAACCUGGCCAGCGGCGACAGCGCGGCCGGCAUGAAGACCGGCCUGUGGAAGAGCGAAACCACCGUGUGAGGGUGGCGAAGGACCGACGGCCGCAGCGUUUUCCUCGGGGAGCAUCACCCGGUGCACUAGCGGGGAUGGGCGGCACGGCCGGGGGCUCCGGUGCCCCCGGGCACAGCACGAUGCCGGGCCCACCCAUCUCCCCGAGGAGGCUCGGAGCUUCCCGCCGCGGUGGCGGAAUUGCAGCCGCGCUUUAAUCACUCCCGCAUGUCACUUGAGAUUGAUCCUAAAUGCUAUUUUAUAUUCUACAGAGGAAACGUCUAUUUUUCAAAGCUAUAUUAUUGAAUGUAUAUAUGUAUAGACAGAGCCGUAGGUGGCACGAGGGCCCCCUCCCGUGCCACGACUGCAAUAUUCCCGCCGAGGGACCACUCCAAGUGCCCUUCACGUCCAGGCAGCGCAGCCCCAGCCUGAGCACGCUGCCUCUGGAGGGCAGCUGCUCCCUCUGGAACGUCCCCAGCUGUGCCAGCCGCGGGGGCCGAGCGCUGCCAAAGCCAUAUUGCAAAGCCAAGCACAAGGUAAGAGGAGCCUCAGCUCCGAGGUGAGGUGAUUGUCUGCACUGCUUUAAUGCCAGACACUAAAAUAAGGGCCAGAAAAGGCUCCAGACACUAAAUUCAGUCAGAUAAUGCUCCCAGGCCCUCAGAGGCUCAAGCCAUGCGCUGGGGUGGGCUGGCAGACCUUGCUGCUGCCAGGACCGACCCUCUGUGCCAAAGCACCAAAGAACCAAGAUGUGAGAGAGGCCCAGAGCAGCUCUGUGUCCUUAAUCCAGGCUUCAAGCUCAGAAAAUACCUAUGUUUGCUCUUAAGAAGGCAGAGACCGUUCUGGGGAGCAGGGGCCAUUCCUGGGAAUGCAAGAGAACGAUGCCAAGGAAUUGGAGCCCUUCCUUGGACUGUCAAAGGGCUGGAACCUGGAUAAGCACUUAUUGUUCCCAUUGAAAAACAAAUCUCCCCUUUUUCCCCGCACACAGGUAAAACAGCCAGGCUGCAGAGAGGCUGCAGCAAAGCAGAGGAGGAAGGUGGGAGCCUGGUGCCUCCCCUGCCCUUUCCAGCCUCCCCUGCCUCACUUUCCCCCGCCUGCAGAUGAGUUUUGUAACGUAGCUACCUCCGAGGGGUCGUGGGGCUGGCAGGGCCACGAGCCAGGGGAGGAAAAAGCACUUAGUGGGGACUGGUCUCACCUGGGAAGCACUCACCCCACGGGGCUGGGGCACCCCUGGGCUUAACCUGCCACUCCCUGCCUGCCUCGGCUUCUCUGCCCAGUUAAAUGUUGAAAUAUUUCAUUGUCCCUGGUGUUUAACACAGUUUAAACCCUUGCUGCAGCUCCUGCAGCCUCCCCAGCCUGGCUGAUGCCCCGUGGUUCUGUUGCUUGCUGCAUUGUGACAGUAUUAGAGAAAAAGCUUUGUAUUCUUAAUUACACUUUGUCUGUUUACAAGCGAAUGACAUAUCAACAGAGCUUCCUGCAAUAUCCGGGGGGAGGGGAGGGAAAUAUGCCAAAGAAAUGUCUUUAAAGGGGUCUUUUUGCAUUUUUAUAUGAAUAGAAUGUUUCUAGCAGAUAUGUUUUGUUUAAUAUAUUAAAGAUAUGCCAAUCUGCCAAGA